AUGUCUUGUACAGAGAGUUUAGGAUUAGAGAGCUUUGAUGAGAGAACAAUAAAUGAUGAAAAUAAGAAGAAUAUUGAAAAUUUAAAUGAUCAUGGUGUUAAAUCAUCUACCUCUUUCCCUAAUUGUAACAAAACAAUUAGUGUCAAGAAAAAAGAAAAUAAAUCAUUUCCACCACCAUUAUCAUCGUUAAACCAAGAUGGAAAACCCAUUUUCUCCCUAAAACCAACUAGAAAAGAUGGAAAAUUAGAGCUUAAUGAGGUGAAAAUGGAUAUUCCGUCAUCGAUCGUCGUUACUUCUCGUCAACGAGGCCGGUUGAGAUUGAAUCUCAUUCCCGAACAAGAAGGAGAAGAUAAUGACAAUGAUAAUAAUAACGAUGAUCAUGAAGAUGUUAUGUAG